UCUCUGCUGGCGAAAAGGAUAAAAAGGAUAAAAGGCUAAACCGAUUUGGAACAUAAACUUCUAACAGAAACAGAACUGAGUGAUAUUGAUAUCAAACAAGAAAGAGUCAGAAGUCAAACGAAGCAAUGCUGUAUCGGCUGCAGUUUACAUAUACUUGUACACUUCCUGUUGGGGCAGCCACUCAGUAACAGACCGCACGUACUUAGUAACAAACAGCUGGAGAGUUUCAAACGUUCUUCAGUACUUGUGACGACCAAGUGUUAAAUACGGUGGUAGAGAGGACUAAACAGAGAUACAUUUUAACUGAAGUAGACAUCCAAAUAUUAACCAAAAGCGAAAAAAGAAAGGCAGAAAUCGUAUUCAAACCAUUUAAGAUGUCAAAGUGAUGCGGGUCAUCUCCCUUUUGUGAAGAAAAUUAUUCAUGAAGAUCGGAUCUGGGCAAACGAAUUAUAUCCGUGAAGAAGAUUCGUGAAGAAGAUUGAAGAGGAACUCAAAAGCUGGAGAGUAAAAGAUACAAUCACGACAGACGUCCAAAGAAAGAGGGCCUUCACCAAACUGUCUUCUCGAAUCAAAGGCCCAAAUAAGCUCUCAGUUCUACUUGAAUCAAUAUACGCUUGUAACAGAAAACCAAGCACAGUUUAUUUGAAAAGAAAGGAGUAUUCAUCACGGGGAUAAAAUCUUCACCACGCAGGUGAUUUCGAGAACGAUCAGAAAUACGAUGUCGUCAAAUUCUACAGAUGACAGCUCUUUUGCCUUUUCGCCUCAAACAGUUCCUGCUUUAGUUUUAAUGGUGUUUAUUUUACCGAUUAAUGGCGGUGUCAUUUUUCUUAUUGCCUCGUAUUCGUCCUUACGAACGCCAAGCAACAUCAUCUUGGCCAGUUUAGCUGUAUCAGACUUCUUGGUAGGUCUGGUUGGAAUUCCACUCCUCUUGGCAUGUACCUAUACUUAUAUAUCUCCCAUUUGUAUAAGCUCAUAUACUUUUUUCACAUUCAUGGCCCUCUCCACCGUGCUUCACAUCACUGUGAUGACCUGCGAUCGUUACAUCUAUAUCGUAUGGGCGUUACGCUACCGCGAUAUCGUCCAUCGUAAAAGAGUUUUGAUCGUCCUUGGCAUUACGUGGUUUCUCAGUCUCACCUCUUUGGUUCGACUUUCAUGGACUUGGAACCUCAAUAUAGAAACAGCCCGAGAGGACCUGGAACCUAUGCACCAGAAGGAGACUACACUAUUUCUGUUUAACGUCAUCGUAUUUUUUCUGAUUCCACUCAUUAUCAUGAGUGUACUUGAUACCCACAUGCUGUUGCUGCUUCGAAGUCAGUGUCAGAGAAUUGCACGUGAGAAUUUGCCUACAGAGUUUGAGAAACGCGAGAGGAAGCUUCAAAGAAGGCGCCAGAGAGCUGUUUUAACAUGUGUUCUCCUUCUCACACUGUACGUCAUCUUCUGGCUGCCUUAUUUCAUAUUGGAAAUCGUGCAACAGACCCAUAAUGAUAAUUUACAUCCAAUGACUGUUUUCGCUAUCUAUUACCUUAGGCUCUGUACGUCAAUGUUCAACCCACUUGCGUACACUUUAAGGAAAAGAGACCUUAAAAGUAAAGUUCGAUAUAUCGCUUAUAACUUGUUUCCUAAGCUAGCGGCGGAUACUGUCGAGAACCGCACCGACCAAUUUCCUCUUAGUAGUCGAACAGAUUUGUAAAUCCAGUAUUACUUUAUUAUUUCCAAAGUAGCCCAUCACCGCGAACACUCUGGUUAGUCAAGAAACUGUUGUUUGUUUCUUUGUAAACUCGAUGUGGAAAAUUUGAAUAUUUCCAAUUAACAUUGUAAAAACGAUUAACUGCCUCUUUAUCGAUCCACGCACGAUUUUGGGAGAGCGGUUAACAACAAACCUGUUAUCGUGUUCUUCCAUCGUCGCCUAUAGAUUCGUGUGUGAUUUGAUCCUUACCGAGUCCGGUCCACGUGGCUAUAUUUAGAACAUAAGAGACUCAAAGAUCGAUAAAGGGCGACGCCAAGUGAUGGAGGGAAAAUGCGUAUUGUACACGCCGGCUUGUGGCGGUUUACCAUUUUUCAUUUUCAUUUUUUCAUUGAUGAAUAUAUAUUUCUAAGAAACCCAGUACUGUUUAAAUAUACCCUAACAUAUUAAGACAAAGUUGGUAGUUUUAGUGGGUAGGUUGGAAUAUGAUAUAUCAAAAUCGCAUAGGACCAUAUAGGUAUCAUUGAUUAACUAGAACUGCGACGGAGAGUUCUGUUUCGAUCGCUUGAAAUAACUAAAGUUAUGAGGGACUUUAAGGCUUGCAAAAUAUCUAUGAAAGUGCUUUGCACUGCUUAUAAACCAAUGAGAAUGUAGUUA